AUGGAAACUAAUAUAGUUGUGUUCAUUUAUCGGAAUCUGGAACCUACGGAUAAACAAACUCUUGACUAUCGUUGGAAGCUACAACACGGUGUUGGAGAUAAAGAGAUUAUUGAAGCUAUAACAUCGGUGUUGGUAGUUACGAGGUCGAGAAGGAGUUACAACACUUGUGUCAGAAGUGGGAUCUUCAAGGUUACAACACUGGUGUCAGAAAUGUUCGCGGAUAUGAAGGCUGAUACCGACCGUCGAGCUGAAAAGCAAUUUGUGGCAAUAAUGGCUUAUACCGACCGUCUAGCAGAAAAGCAGUUCGCGGAAUUGAAGGCUUAUGAAGACCGCCUAGCAGAAAAGCAAUCCGCUGAUGUUGACCGUUGA